AUGUUUAAAAUAAUCGCUCUGACCACGGUUUUCCUGGUCUCAUUCGGUUUGGCACUUCGUUGUUACGAAGGCACUGUGAUUGGUUUGAACAAUAAUAUUCAAACUGAGAAAAAGGAAUGCGGAGGAAUUUCGAAUUAUUGUAUUCAACGAAUCAACAAGAAGAAUGAUCAAAUGAGAAGAGAGUGCAGCUCUUGGAGCGACGAGCACAGUAUGGAAGAAAAAUGCCCGGUUUCUGGCUGUCAUUUCGUAACCAAAGACGAAACAUUCUGUUGUUGUCAAUUCGACGAAUGCAACGAAUGGAAGGGAGAUGGAACCGAGUUUAAAGCUGGUGAAACAGUUCCAUUCAAGAAAACACCUUCCGCACAACCAAAAUCAAACAUUGACUUGAAUAAUAACAACUCAAAGAAACCUAUUGGCAUUGUCGAGGUUCCAACUACUCCUCCUCCACCAGCUUAUCGCAAGAACUCCGAAGUUGAGUUAUCGUAA